CCGGAUAUAAACCCUUGUGCUUCCCUUCGGCGUCGACGGCGGAGAGAAGGCGCGGCCGGUGUCCAUCUGCGCUCACUCGUCUCGGUGACCAGCAAGCGUAAGAACGUUCAUAGCCUUCUAGGCCUUGUGUUAGACUGUGGUACAUGAUUGUGAAUAUUGUUCGAUUGACCAACCAAUUUUCUUCUGGCGUGGUAGACAUUUCUUGUGAACCCCAAGUUCUGUUUUCAGAUUCAGGAAAGCAAGAGUUGAUAAUGGCAAAGUCAAAUGCAAGUGAUGCCCAAGCUCUCAUUCGUUCUCUGCGCUCAGCUUAUGCUGCCACGCCAACCAAUCUCAAAAUUAUUGAUCUAUAUGUGGUUUUUGCAAUCGCCACAGCAAUUAUUCAGGUUGUAUACAUGGGAAUAGUUGGAUCAUUUCCCUUCAACUCUUUCCUCUCUGGUGUUUUGUCCUGUGUGGGGACAGCAGUACUGGCCGUUUGUCUCCGCAGUCAAGUCAACAAAGAGAACAAGGAGUUUAAGGAUUUACCUCCUGAACGGGCUUUCGCUGAUUUUGUUCUCUGCAAUCUGGUACUCCACCUGGUGAUCAUGAACUUCCUCGGCUAGCUAGGAGCACUUCCAAGGACUCUCUCUCUCUUUACUGGACCAAAAUUUGUGACCUCCUUAGCCAUGCAUGCUUCAUGUUACAAUUACAAAGUUCUGUAUUGGACCAAAAUUUACAAGUACUCUGGUGGUGUUGUUAGUGCUUUCGUUAGAACAUUAAGAAUAUAGAUUAUUAUUCUUCACCUUUAAGAAUAUAAGAAAUGGCGGUACUUUGAUGUGA